AUGCUGGACAUGGGUGAAAUCGACCAAUUCUUCCAACUCUUAGGUACCGCACUCCGAGGCCAAGAGUUCGACGAAACCAUUGUUGAAGUCAACACGCGCAACAGGCUGGAUAUAUUUCCUCUUUUGAGUCUAGAUGUGCCCAAAUGCGAUAUCUCCCACCUGCGUUGCGCCACGUCUCUAGGGAAGCCUGCGCGUCCAACUCCCCAGCCAGAUCCUCUACCAGCUUUUCACCAUUUCCGAUUCACUGCCACGCAACUUUCACAGCUCACGGACCUCGCUGAGACACCAUCAGUCGAUGAUGCUCUAAGUGCAUUUAUCUGGAAACGACUUAGUGCGGUUCAAAUGAAGCUGGGCCAGAAACCAGAUACUAUCACUGGCUUCCCUCGCACACUCGACUGCAGACGUGCACUUGAAGCACCCAUUGAGUAA